AUGGGGGCCUUAGACGAAUCUACACCAGUACCUUCGAGAAUAACUCUACAAUUAAUGAAACAAAAAAAAAAAAGUGCGUUCCAAGGUUAUUCUCUGUUGAAAAAAAAAAGUGAUGCACUUUUUAUUCAUUUCAGGGAAGUACUUAAGGAUAUUGUUAAGACAAAAACAAAAGUAGGAGAAGAAAUGAGGAAUGCCUCCUUUUCGUUAGCCAAAGCAGUAUGGGCUGCAGGAGAUUUUAAAGGGCAAAUUAUUGAAGGAAUAAAAAGACCCGUUGUAACCUUAUCCUUAUCCACGAAUAAUGUAGCUGGUGUGAAAUUGCCCAUAUUCCAAGUACAUAUUGAUCCCACAGUUGAUGUGCUAGGUAACUUAGGAAUUGCUGCAGGAGGACAAGUUAUUAAUAAUACAAGAGAAAACUAUUUACAAUGUUUAAACAUGUUAGUCAAAUUAGCAUCUAUGCAGGUGGCCUUUUUUUCUCUUGAUGAAGAAAUCAAAAUGACCAACAGAAGAGUGAAUGCUUUAAAUAAUAUUGUACUACCGAGAUUGGAUGGGGGAAUAAAUUAUAUCAUUAAAGAACUGGACGAAAUUGAAAGGGAAGAAUUUUAUAGAUUGAAAAAAAUAAAGGAAAAAAAAAUUGACAAGUUAAAAGACUCAUAUGCAGAGUAUAUAACUGAUGACGACAAUCAAAAUAAUAUGAAAAGAUAUGACAAUUAUGCAACGUCACAAAAAGAUGAUGAUGUUAUAUUUUAA